GCCGUGGGAUAGUGAAUGCUGAGAACCCCGCAAUUAGGAGUCCGCAGAGAAAUCUGUUUAGCAAACAAACCUCAAUGGCGUCAAGUACAUUCUCCUUGGAAGUGGCAGAGAGGUGCCUCGAUGAAGACGGCUUCUUUCGUCUAGAUAACCCAUCGAUAGGCGAACAUAUAUCAGAUCUUGAACAGAAAGGCUUUCCCUGGGUCUCGAAAUAUGGACUAGACUUUUGCCGAAAAUAUGUCCUCGACGAUAGAAAUAUUAAGGCCGUUGUCGAAUCCAUUCUUGGGGAAUGCACGCUCGUACACUUGUUGAGAUACGAAGCAUACCCUGAUCAUAUAGUGUCCUGGGCGGGCGGCUCAAAUGUUGGUCGGCACUCUCUGCUGGUUCAUCUACACCCUAAAGGAGCGCAAGUGGAAUAUUACAAAGGUUCGCACAUACACGACCUGCCUAGGAAGAGGGGUGCUCGGUUUUUAUGGGAAACCGAGCCGUCUGCCCUUUCUGAAGUGAACUGCAUAGCUAAGGCAGAACCUUUCCCCGAUGGCGGCAUGUAAGUAAUCGCUUCACUCUAACAGGCUCGUUCUGAUAUGUUCUUAGAGUCAUUCUCGAUGGUAGACUACGCUACGUCCUAGUGAAAGCGUACACUAUUGCGGUCGAGUUUGUGAAGAGUGACAGUCUCGACAAAAAGUGGCCCAAAAUUCCAGUCCCCCUCGAGCUAGAGCCGCAAGUCCUAAGCAUGGAGAGUGAGAAGAUUAGGGUGAAUUAUGAGCUUGUCGAAAAGCAAAGAAGCAAUGUCGGGAAGCGAGGCAAGAGCGUUGAGGAACAAAGCAAGACAUAACUAUUAAGUCUAAUAAUGUGGAA